GGCCCCCAGCCCGCUCGGGCGCUGCCGUGCGGGGAGGGCUCGGCGGAGCGGCGGGCGCCGAGCUUUAAAUGAACAUUAAUAUCGCUCGGGGAGGGCAGCACCGGUGGCUCGGGACGGGCGGCGGCGGCGGCGACAGCGGCACCUCCAGCUUCUCUUUCUCCUCCUCCGCCACGGUGGCAGGUGCUGAGCACAAUUAAGCCAAAGAUCAGCAAUGGAUUCAGCAGCCUCUCAGUCUCCUUUGUCAAUUAGCAGCCCGGACGCCGGUAGAGGACUCUGUCCCAGCUCGCCGCGGGUUGAGGCCGUGGGAUCGGUUUAUUUCUUUUUCCUGCUGACGCUGUCGCUGCCCGGGGGGGUCACCACGAGCCGCAAAGCUGCUGUCCACGUGGACUGGUGCUGAGAUCUCCCGCCCGGCCGCCGCCAGAGCCUCGCCCGCCAAGCCCAGAGACAUGGCCACCAACGGAACCAAAGUGGCGGACGGACAGAUCUCCACGGAAGUCGACGCCUCCAUCACCAACGACAAGCCUAAGACCUUGGUAGUAAAAGUGCAGAAGAAGAAGGCGGACCUUCCAGACCGAGACACUUGGAAAGGGAAAUUUGACUUUCUUAUGUCCUGUGUAGGUUAUGCCAUUGGCUUAGGGAAUGUGUGGAGAUUUCCGUACCUUUGUGGCAAGAACGGUGGAGGUGCAUUCCUGAUUCCCUAUUUUCUUACUUUAAUUUUUGCUGGAGUGCCACUGUUUCUUUUGGAGUGUUCCCUUGGUCAGUACACAUCUAUAGGAGGCCUUGGAGUGUGGAAACUGGCUCCAAUGUUCAAAGGUGUGGGCCUGGCUGCUGCAGUCCUUUCCUUUUGGCUAAAUAUUUACUACAUUGUGAUUAUUUCAUGGGCCCUGUACUACCUAUAUAAUUCCUUUACCACUACUCUUCCUUGGAAACACUGUGAGAACCCCUGGAACACAGACCACUGCUUCUCCAACUACACCUUAGCAAACACCACCAACAUGACAAGUGCCGUGGUGGAAUUCUGGGAACGCAACAUGCACCAAAUGACUGAUGGAUUGGAAAAGCCAGGGCAAAUCCGAUGGCCCCUGGCGAUUACUCUGGCAAUUGCCUGGAUUCUGGUGUAUUUUUGUAUCUGGAAGGGGGUAGGCUGGACUGGAAAGGUGGUUUAUUUCUCUGCUACUUAUCCCUAUGUUAUGCUGCUUAUCUUGUUCUUCCGUGGUGUAACACUGCCUGGAGCAAAGGAAGGCAUUUUGUUCUAUAUAACUCCCAACUUCAGUAAGCUUUCAGACUCUGAGGUUUGGCUGGAUGCUGCCACACAGAUUUUCUUCUCCUACGGGUUGGGUCUUGGUUCACUGAUUGCCCUUGGAAGUUACAACCCUUUCCACAAUAAUGUUUACAGGGACUCCAUCAUUGUGUGCUGCAUAAACUCAUGCACAAGCAUGUUUGCCGGCUUUGUCAUCUUCUCCAUCGUUGGAUUCAUGGCAAAUGUCACAAAGAGGCCAAUUGCAGAUGUUGCAGCAUCAGGCCCUGGACUGGCAUUUCUGGCUUAUCCAGAAGCAGUGACUCAGUUACCAAUUUCUCCUUUGUGGGCAAUACUGUUCUUCUCCAUGUUGCUCAUGCUCGGAAUCGACAGUCAGUUCUGCACUGUGGAAGGAUUCAUAACAGCUUUGGUGGACGAGUUUCCCAGGUUACUGCGUAACCGGAGGGAAAUCUUCAUCGCUGCCGUGUGCAUCGUUUCCUACCUGAUAGGGCUGUCCAAUAUCACUCAGGGUGGAAUCUACGUGUUUAAGCUUUUUGACUACUACUCUGCCAGCGGAAUGAGCCUCUUGUUCCUUGUAUUCUUUGAGUGCAUCUCAAUAUCCUGGUGCUAUGGUGUUAAUAGAUUUUAUGACAACAUCCAAGAGAUGGUGGGAUACAGACCCUGCAUCUGGUGGAAACUCUGCUGGUCCUUUUUCACUCCUAUCAUUGUGGCAGGAGUGUUUAUCUUCAGUGCUGUCCAGAUGACUCCCCUCACAAUGGGAAGUUAUGUUUUCCCAAAGUGGGGCCAAGGAGUUGGCUGGUUCAUGGCUUUGUCUUCUAUGGUGCUGAUACCAGGCUACAUGGCAUAUAUGUUUCUAACCCUGAAAGGCUCCUUAAAACAGCGCAUCCAAGUGAUGAUUCAGCCAAGUGAAGACAUCACUCACCCUGAAAAUGGGCCAGACCAGGCCCAACAGAGCAACUCUGCUAACAAAGAAGCCUACAUCUAAACUUCUGUAUUGUAAAAGUACCACUCCUACUCCAGAAAAACAAAAAAUAUGGUUGAAUAUGACCACAAAAUUAUGUCUGAGAAUAUAAUUACCUACCUCUAGUGGCAAAAAAAAAAAAAAAAAUUAAAAAAUUAAAAAAAAAAUAAAAUAAAUAAUUUAAAAAGAAAAAAAAGGAGAAAAAAGCAACAAGGUCAUCUCCACUCUAAGGGAAUCGCCAUGGGUAUGAUCCAGCCAUCAUGCGAGCUCAGAUGUUGACAGUGUUGUUGUGUUCUCUGGCAAUCCACAGACUGUUAAUGUUUUUAUCCUUUCACAAUAAUAGUUGCAUACCUUGGAAUUUGUAAAUUGAUGUGCCAAGACCUUUUUAAUCUACCUUUUAGCACGACUAUUUGAAGUUUUGUGCUGCUGAUUUUUAGUAGUUUAUCACUGUUUCUUACCGCUGAAUCCCAAGACUGUUAUUUCUGACUUUGCAGGAGUAAAAUUAAAGUUUGGGUUGUUUUGUACAAAAGUACGAAGCAUUUUUGUAAACAAGUGAUUUCCAGUGAAAAAAAAGUCUUGCCCUUAAAAUUCGUUCCAGCUGAGGCCAUUUGAGGGGGAAGAGACUUCCUUCAAUUAAACAGCAGCCACAGCCUUUAAAAACAUUCCUAGUGCAAAUUGAGCCGUCUGUGGCAGUGCAGCCCAGGCUGCUCACUGGCUGUACUCUGCCUUUCAGGUGACUUUCAAAUAAGGUCAUAAAUUUCUUUGAAAACACGUAUGCUGUUUCUUACAUAAAGAAGGUGUAUCUUUGUGAAUCCACACAUGAAUUGCAGAUGUUAGAGGCAUAAAUAUGAAUUUUAACUUUUUUAGCAGAGUGAUAUCCAAGAGCUCCUAAAGAUUCCCAGGAGUAAAAUACAAAGCAUUUGCAAUCGAAGCUCAGAGUGCUUGAGCUAUUAUUAUGCUGUUAUUAUCCUACUAUUAUUGCAUUGUCACCAAAAAGAAACCAAAACAAUGGCUCAAAGAUGGAAGUAAGCUCUAAUUUAAGAUUCAAUUCCCAGCUGUUCUUUCUCAAUCUGUUAAAGGACUUUAACGGUUCCCAACGAGCAAAAUACAGAAUACGGAUGGUUAGCACUUCGGGGCCCGGUUGAUAUUUUGAUUUCCACCUGACUGGUGGUGACGAAGGCACGAGGCACAGCUAUUUCAAUACGAUGCCACCUCGCUCUGGGCCCCGUCUGCAUUUGCCACACAGCCAGGAAAGCCCGGCCAGCCCCUGGAAAGUUUUCCCUGUGUGGGGAAAUGCAGCGCUAGCCCCGAGAUGGCAUUUCUCGUUUGGCAGCUAUAAUGACGAGACACGGAGGAUUAUGGAGAGCGCAAGUAGCUGAUUGUUUGAUUGUAAACGACUGUGACAGAACUGUGCAAUGAAACAGGCUUCUCAGCAACUUUUUUGUGCACCGUACAAAUGUUAGAUAGCACAAUUUAUGUAGAACUACUACGUGAAAAAACAUGUUACCUGUGAAUGUUGGGUUUCUCUGUUGUUUUCGUCUGAAGGUGACAAACAUGUUCUUGCAAUAAAGUAUUAUUCUCAGAAUGUCAAGCACAUUAUGUAGAAAUAAUAUAUAUAUAUAAUACACAUGUAUUUCGAACUACAUCAUAAAAUUUCGGAGUAUGUUCAGUAGGUUCUAAACUGUUUCAUAGAUCAACUGUAAAAUACCACGAGAUCUAAGCUACAUCCUAAAAGGCCAUAGCUGAGAUGCAAACAUCCUGUAAGUCUUUGGGGUUUAGAGGAACCUGUACAUUCUACACAAACAUUACACAUGAUACAUGCACAUCAUAAUUGUGAAUUUCAUUAGACUAAGGAUUAAAAUUCCAACUUUAUUGUUUAAUGUAAUCAAGUCCCAUGUUGUUCUAAGAAAAAUGCAGUAUUUAAUGUUUGAUUGUAAACAAUUAUGACAGAUGUUUGACAGACCUGCUCUUUAGCAAAAAGCUGUACAAACGUAUCACAUAGCACAAACUAGUGUUGUAGAACUACUGUGUGUAAACUGUGAAUAGCUGUAUCUUUUUUGUAGUACUUGCCCUGAAAAAAAAAAGAUUAUUGUAUGAUCAUAUAUGCUUUUUGCAAUAAGGAAAUAUCCAACACCAGGCAAAUCUAUCUCUAUAUAAAAAUAUAUAUGUAAUAUAUACAUAUUCAAAAAUAUAUACAGAGCCUGUUUAAAAGAGUACAGUAUUAUUUAGUAAACUGCAACCUGUUCUAUGGACCAAAUGUAAAAUAUUUAUAAAUUAAGAUGCAUUUUAAAUGUCUAUAAACGGUGUCAUAAUUAAAGCACGAUUGUUAUGUAAGUUUCCAAGAGUUUAGAGGAAAAAGAAUAAAGGUUAUAUUAUACAUUAAACUCA